GCUUCCUCUCUGGGCGUUGCGCGCGCGGCCGUCCAGCCUGCCCGCCUGGUGCUGCUGCUGCUCGGUGCCUCCUCGCCCGCGUCAUCCCCACACAAGAUGGAGACCGCCGAGGAAGAUAUAUGCCGGGUAUGUCGAUCUGAAGGAACUCCUGAGAAGCCCCUUUAUCAUCCAUGUGUGUGCACUGGCAGUAUUAAAUUCAUUCAUCAAGAAUGCUUAGUUCAGUGGCUCAAACACAGCAGAAAAGAAUAUUGUGAACUAUGUAAACACAGAUUUGCUUUUACACCAAUUUAUUCUCCAGAUAUGCCUUCCCGGCUUCCAAUCCAAGAUAUAUUUGCUGGACUGGUUACAAGUAUUGGCACAGCAAUACGAUACUGGUUUCACUAUACGCUUGUGGCCUUUGCGUGGUUGGGGGUUGUACCCCUUACAGCAUGCCGUAUCUACAAGUGCUUGUUUACUGGCUCUGUGAGCUCACUACUGACACUGCCGUUAGAUAUGCUGUCCACAGAGAAUUUACUGGCAGACUGUUUGCAAGGUUGUUUUGUGGUGACAUGCACCCUCUGUGCAUUUAUCAGCCUGGUAUGGUUACGUGAACAAAUUGUCCAUGGAGGAGCACCACAGUGGCUGGAACAAAAUCAACAACAAGCCAUUAAUGGCAUCGGGCAACAGAAUGAGGUUCAGGGUGCAGGAAAUGGGGGAGCUGAAAAUGCUGCACUGGACCAGCCUGCGGACCAGCCUGCUGAAAAUGCCGUUGUUGGUGAAAAUCCAGAAAUCCAAGAAGAACAACCAGAUGAAGAAGAGGAAGACAAUGAAGAUGAAGAAGAUGUAGUAGUAGAAGAUGCUGCAGAUGCAAACAAUGGAGCACAAGAUGACAUGAACUGGAAUGCUUUGGAGUGGGAUCGAGCAGCAGAAGAGCUUACCUGGGAGAGAAUGCUUGGGCUUGAUGGAUCCCUGGUUUUUUUAGAACAUGUCUUCUGGGUGGUUUCACUAAACACAUUAUUCAUACUUGUCUUUGCGUUUUGUCCUUAUCACAUCGGUCACUUCUCUAUUGUUGGGCUAGGCUUUGAGGACUAUGUUCAAGCAUCUCAUUUUGAAGGCCUAAUCACAACAAUCGUUGGUUAUGUGCUGUUGGCGGUCUCACUAAUUGUUUGUCAUGGCUUGGCUGCACUUGUCAAAUUCCAGAGAUCACGUCGCUUGCUUGGGGUGUGCUAUAUUGUUGUCAAGGUAUCGCUAUUAGUGGUUGUAGAAAUUGGCGUUUUCCCGCUCAUCUGUGGUUGGUGGCUUGACAUCUGCUCGCUGGAAAUGUUUGAUGCUACUUUGAAGGACAGGGAGUUGAGCUUUCAGUCUGCCCCUGGCACAACCAUGUUCCUCCAUUGGCUAGUGGGAAUGGUAUAUGUCUUCUAUUUUGCUUCCUUCAUCCUCUUGUUGAGAGAGGUGCUUAGACCAGGUGUCCUGUGGUUUCUGAGGAAUUUAAAUGAUCCAGAUUUUAAUCCUGUUCAAGAAAUGAUUCAUUUACCUAUUUAUAGACAUCUCAGGAGGUUUAUUUUAUCUGUGAUUGUCUUCGGGUCAAUUGUCUUGCUCAUGCUGUGGCUUCCUAUACGAAUUAUCAAAUACCUCCUGCCUAAUUUUCUUCCUUAUAAUGUAAUGCUUUACAGUGAUGCUCCUGUAAGUGAACUUUCCCUGGAGCUCCUUUUGCUUCAGGUGGUCCUGCCAGCUUUGCUUGAGCAAGGGCACACGAGGCAGUGGCUGAAGGGCCUGGUGCGGGCCUGGACCCUCACGGCCGGCUACUUACUAGAUCUGCAUUCUUACUUACUCGGAGACCAGGAAGAGAAUGACAACAAUGCUAACCAGCAGCCUAACAACCAAGCUGCUCGCAAUAAUAAUAAUGCCAUCCCCGUUGUGGGAGAAGGUCUUCAUGCAGCCCACCAAGCCAUCCUGCAGCAAGGGGGACCUGUGGGCUUCCAGCCUUACCGGAGGCCUUUAAAAUUCCCACUCCGGAUAUUUCUGUUGAUCGUUUUCAUGUGUAUAACACUACUGAUUGCAAGUCUUAUCUGCCUUACAUUACCAGUUUUUGCAGGCCGUUGGCUGAUGUCUUUCUGGACAGGGACUGCCAAAAUCCAUGAACUGUACACAGCUGCUUGUGGGCUCUACGUCUGCUGGCUGACCAUCCGGGCAGUGACUGUUCUCAUUGCUUGGAUGCCACAAGGCCGCCAAGUCAUCUUCCAGAAAGUUAAGGAAUGGUCCCUCAUGAUAAUGAAGACGUUGAUAGUUGCGAUAUUGCUGGCUGGUGUCGUUCCACUUUUGCUUGGACUUCUCUUUGAGCUGGUUAUCGUUGCUCCUUUGAGGGUUCCCUUGGAUCAGACGCCUCUGUUCUACCCCUGGCAGGACUGGGCUCUUGGUGUUCUUCAUGCCAAAAUAAUUGCUGCUAUAACUCUGAUGGGGCCCCAGUGGUGGCUUAAAACAGUUAUUGAACAGGUGUAUGCAAAUGGCAUUCGGAAUAUUGACCUACAUUUUAUCAUACGAAAGCUUGCAGCACCUGUGAUCUCAGUCUUGCUGCUUUCGCUCUGUGUCCCUUACAUCAUAGCUUCUGGAGUUGUACCUUUACUAGGAGUCACUGCUGAAAUGCAAAACCUCGUGCAACGUCGGAUUUAUCCUUUUCUCCUCAUGGUGGUGGUUUUGAUGGGGAUAUUAUCCUUCCAGGUCCGUCAGUUCAAGCGCCUUUAUGAACAUAUUAAAAAUGACAAGUAUCUUGUUGGGCAACGACUCGUGAAUUAUGAGCGAAAAGCUGGCAAGCCAGGGCCGUCUCCUCCCCCUCCGUCUUCACAAGAAUAAAAAUGGGCUGGUGGAGUGACUGCCCCCCCCCCCGCCUUGGUGUCCUUUCUCAUAGGCUGGUCUUUGCUCUGGGUCUUUCUCCACGAGCCUCAGCAGUUUUUUUUAUCUUUUAAUUUUUUGUUUCUGUUCCCAUGGUGUUCAGAUAGCAGCUGAGGCCAUGCACCUUUUUAUCUGCAUUUUUUGAAGUUUAUCAGUGCUGAGAUAUGUAAAUGUGUAAAUAGCAAUACCUCAAUACCCUAAAUCCUUGGAUUAAAAAUGAAUGUUCAUUGUACAUCUUUCAAAGAAUAUUAAUUUAUUAAAUCUAGUCGUCACUUUA